AUGGAUGGUCUAAAAGAUAGAUUCUUUUCAAUAUUGGUGGAUGAAGCACGUGAUGUGUCGGUGAAAGAGCAAAUGGCUAUGAUGUUGCGUUAUGUGGAUGACAAAGGGCAUGUAAUUGAAAGAUUUGUGGGUAUCCAACAUGUUACCAACACUACUUCAAGUUCACUAAAUGAUGCUAUUGACACAUUCUUUUCUCGCAACGGUUUGAGCAUUUCUAAGCUACGAGGACAAGGUUAUGAUGGUGCUAGCGAUAUGAGAAGUGAGUUGAAUGACCUUAAAACAAUUAUAUUGAGAGAACAACUUUGUGCAUAUUAUGUUCAUUGCUUUGUUCAUCAACUUCAACUAGCUCUUGUUGCUUUAUCAAAGAAGAAUAUAGACAUUGCCUCUUUUUUUGCAACGGCUAACAGUGUGGUUAAUCAUGUUGGAGCAUCUUGUAAACAGUGUGAUUUACUUAGAGGGCAACUCCAAGAAGAGCUUGUGAUAGCUUUUGAAAAUAAUUGUCUUAUAACGGGGUGA